AUGAAUCUCAAUGUGAAUCCGAUUGGAGUAACUGCUAGAAAUACAGGUCGUGCAGCGCAUUUUACUCUCACUUAUCCUUCAAGCAGAAGUCUUCUCCUGGUCGGAGGAUCUCUUCAAGGAACUUUCGCGUUCGCCGGUAUACACUUUCAUUGGAGCUCUGAGCAUACAAUCGAUCAACAGCAAUUUCCCAUUGAGAUGCACUUAGUCUUUUUCAAUCGAAUGUACAACUCGUUAGCGGAAGCUGCAUUCCAUGACAAUGGAUUGGCGGUGGUAGGAUUUUUCUUCACCAAUAACGCGUUAGCAAAAUCGAGACGAUGGAUGGAUUCGCUAAAAAACAUACGCCGUCGUAGAUCCAGCUACACAUUCGUACAUCCCGAAAGCAUCAAUUUAGCUAGACUGGUGGGAACGGAAAUUGGUGAACACUUUGAAUAUCUUGGCAGCUUGACAAUACCACCCUGUUACGAAACUGUCACCUGGAUCAUCCGAAAAAAACCGCUAUUGAUUUCCAACAUGCAACUUAGCUUAUUUCGGUCCCUCGAAAGUGACGAGGGAUUGAUGAACAACAAUAACAGACCUCUACAGAAUUUAAAUAACAGAACCGUUUGGAUGAGUUCCAAAUAA